UCUGUCGGAUCGUAUUGGCCAGUAGUUGUUUAACGUGCUCAUUAGACGACCAAAACUAUGUAUCAUGUUAUUAUGUUUUCAUAUUGGGCACAAGUAAAACAUUAAAGGUUAUUUCUUAUCUAUGCUAAAUGAAUAUCUACUUUAAAAUGCAUAUUACGUUGAUUUCGUGUGCCAUAUUGUGCUCUUUCGACUUGGGAUCUUGUUUCGAUAAGUUGUUACAGCUGAACGAAGGUGAAAUAUGUGAUGACAAUCAAUCUAACUAUGUUUGUCGGCGUCAUGAAAAUUGUGCAUUAGCACAAAAUAAUAUUCAUCAACGCAAAAAACUCCGUUUGUGUUCAUUUAUUGGAUUGGAACCGAUCGUAUGUUGCCCCCCUAGUGAAAAAAAAAAUGACUUCAACACAAAAUUGUCCACUACUCAAAAACUUACGAAAUCGCAUACAGCUGUUGAAAUGUGCGUCCAAUACUUAGACGUAUAUCGCAGAUACGAACUGGAACGAGUGCAGAAAAAGGACACAACAGACAAUCCUGGAGACAGAGUAGACAUAUUGGGCGGAACUAAGGCCGAUCCUAAGGAAUUCCCAUAUAUGGCAAUGAUAGGUUAUGGAGAACUAUUGGAAAAUGUUGAUUGGAACUGCGGAGGUUCGCUAAUUAGUAACAAAUGGGUCUUAACUGCAGCCCACUGUGAACGGCACAAUGCACUUGGAAUCUCUCGUUGGAUUCGUCUUGGAGAACUCAAUAGCGCCUUGGAAACCGAUGAUGCAAGGCCCGUAACUUACAGCAUUGAGAAACGUAUUUUACAUCCUGACUAUCAAACAGCAGAAGCACGUUACAACGAUCUAGCAUUAUUCAAAUUGGGCAACGAAGUAGUUUUUUCGGAGUUCAUACUACCGAUAUGUUUGAACACUGACACAAAACUUAUGACAAAUGAAGUGAUGGCAGCCGGAUGGGGACAUACUGAUUCCGGUGGGCCUUCGAGUGACGAUUUGCUAAAAAUAACUUUGAUCACUGUAUCGGCAGCCAGGUGCAAUGGGAGUUACACGUCUCAGUCGUCUAAAGCGAAACUACCUUUAGGGAUAUUGGAAAAAAGCCAAAUGUGUGCAAUCUCAGACGUAGAAAUUAGAGAUACUUGUCAAGGCGAUUCUGGUGGACCGCUACUAGUGAAACAUCCGAACUUCGAGUAUGGAAUGCACUUGCAAGUCGGAAUUAUUUCUCUUGGGCAUGAAUGCGGUUUCGAAAAACCCGGCGUCUAUACUAAAGUCUCGAAUUAUAUUCCAUGGAUUGAGCAGAUUGUCUGGCCAAAAUAAUAUUUAACAAUAUUUUAUCGUCUUUAUCGAAUGUUUCAAUUUCGUUACGUAUAUUUUAGUGAUUUUACUCGAUAAUUAUUUUAAUUUUACCCAAACAAACUUUAGGUUGAUGUCAGUAAAAAUAAAACACUGUUUGACUAGCGCUAAA